ACAGAAAAAAUCUAUCAGCAUGAAAUUGGAACUAAGAGAAUCAUUAACGUCGAGUACUGGGAUGCUGUAUAUGGGUGGCUAAAUGGUUUUAUAAAUGGAAAACAAUUUGUUCCUCAAUCAAAAGAAGAUAAAGAUGAAGCCUUUAGCGAAUGCCUGGGUUUUCAAGAGGGAUUCUUUCUUCGAGAGACUUUUCCAAAUGUAGUCAGUGAAACACCAGUGAGACUGCCGAUGUGUCGGGAUUACAAAACUUAUGACGGCACAUGUACUGACAUGUACUUUAUGUAUGCCAGAAGGUGCAAUGGACAUCUACAGUUUGAUAUAUCAUUCAUAGCAGACUACGGUUGCGACAAUUGUUUGUGCUUUGUGCACCAUGGCAAUGUUAAAGUCAAACCUGAAAGUGGUCAUGAAAUUCUAAAUACUGAAGUCAACGGUAAAUUUCGUAAGGCGUACAGACCCUUUCUGCAAUACAAGUGUGAAUUUGAGAUGAUCGAUGGAGAAACGUAUAUAACAAACUGGUAUGUAAACGGUACCUUCAAAGUUCAGAUGGGACCUUCUUCAAAUCAAGACGAAUUUCUAUAUAAAGAAGACUCUUUAUCAGCUCUUGGACCUGGUUAUGAGGUACAAUGUGGUGUGAUCACGGUGGAUAGAAAUGAGUCCCUUGAAGUAUUUAGUGAUAUUUUCUACGCAGGAUUAAAAAUUAAGGGCGGGGCUAUCACGCUGAGUAAGAGCGGUUCUGCUACCGUUGAUAUAGUGCAGACGAUUCCUAUAGGCUGCUAUUACACUGACGACGACGAACCAAAUUGUGAAGAAAGAAUUACGUUUGAAGACGAAUCAUCUGUGUCUGAUAUAUGUGCAGGAAAACUUCGAGUACAAAACAACGCUGAUGUUGGAAAUUCUUUCGUAAAAAUAAAGAGUUUAAAGAAAAAUGAACAAUGGACAAGUACCACACACAGGAUAAUGUUGACAACUGCUGACAGCACAUAUGACGAUGCAACAAAGUUCGACUUACAAGUAUACGUAACAGACACCACCGGCCAUGACAAACGAAGAUCAGUCAGAUCAGAGACUAUAGGAACCAUUCAUGUAAAAGUAACAGACAAUAACAGACAUCGGAACAAAAGAUGUUACUCACACGUCGAUCCACAUAUGAAAACUGUUGACGGAUUGAAUUAUGAAGCUCAGGAGGAAGGAAAUUAUACAUUAUACAGAAACAUAAAAUACCAAACAGAGGUUCAACAGUCAGCUCAGUAUUGUAUGCCUGGGUCAAAUAGCGGACCAGUGUGUGCAUGUGGAAUAGCAAUAGCUGUUGGAGCAGAUACUUUCAUCUUUAAUAAAUGCUUUAACACCAUAUUCAAAUUUGACCUGAAGUGUAAUGAGGGUGGCCUUAUUGAUAUCGACCAAGUGCACCCCUAUCGUUAUAGGGUCAGAACGCCAAUUGGUACCAUUAUCGAAAUAACUUUUAUUGGAUGGAGUAACACACUGGACAUUGAUAUAUACAUGUCUGCUAAAGAUUACGGCAAUGUUGAUGGAUUAUGUGGAACAUUUGAUGGCGACAGAAGCAAUGAUCUUCUUCACAGAGACAAAAAAACCAUUUCAAAUGACAAUAAUCGGAGCUAUCGCUUCGCAGAUAGUUGGAGAUUGUCGGAUGACGAAAACUUGUUUAAAAAUGAUGCACGUUUGUCGACACCAUGGAACACAAGAAUGAACGGAAUAGCAGACCAGCCUUGUAGCAGGCCUAACUCUAUUACAAAAAGGAAAUGUAAGAUUAAUCGUAGAAAUAGGCGAGCAACUAAAAUUCCUGUACUGCAAAAACACAGGAGACGGACGUCUGAAUCCCGAGAAAGAAGGAGCACAGACAGUUUCACAGAAGAAGAAGCAUUUGCACUGUGUAACAGCUCCAUUUAUAAUACUCCAGCAGUUAUGGAGUUUCCGGACUACCUUGCCGAAGAAGACCCGGAUAUAAUUGUUGAACAAUGUGUUUAUGAUUUGAUUCAUGGGAACGACACAGGCUGGGUAGAUGCACAUGUCACUAAUGUAAACAAUGUCGCAGAUACUGUUCUAAAUCUCAAUCCUGUAUUUGUUACAAAUAAUACAGACAAAGUUAACACCUUUCGUUUGCAAAUCUGUUUGAACAAUUGUAGUGGAAAUGGUGGAUGCCUUGAGACAGGAGUGUGUGAAUGUCAUGGAACAUUCCGUGGACCCGACUGUAGUGAUGACAUAAGAAUACCUCCUGUAGUUUAUGGUAUAGAAGGAAACGGGAUCUGUGAAAUCACAGAUGAGGAUGACUGUACUUGCUUCGAAAUCAGAUCUGAUAACAUAUUUGAUGGUUUUAUGUGUGACAUAAGUAUACAUAGGGUUUGUUUUCUCUUUUUUUCAACGCCUUUAUUUCAGGGUGAAUACAUAGCCUGA